CGAAUAGAAGAGAAAGCACAGGGACAGGACAUGACAAUAUAUGACAAUACAUGACAAAAGGGGCUACCUAGAACCACAAAAGCUUCCUCUGCUGUCCCUGUAUGAUAACCCUUUUUUGGCUCUAUGAAGAUCAGAUGUAGAACCCAACUUACCCAACUAACCAUCGUAUAACCUUUGAAGAACCCUUUGGUGAUUCUACCUAGAACCAAAAAGGGUUCUCUUGGACAGCCGAAGAACCCUUUAUGGGUUGUUCUUGAAUUGCGGUGGCAUUUACAUCCACGAAAAACACUUCACAAUUACAAAUAGUUACCCAUCAUACAUUAACUGUUUAUCAGUCAUAAAACAUACUGCAAGUGCUUUAUACUGCAAAACGUUAUGUUUAGGCAUUGUUUAAAGUACUUAGGCCAAGCAAAUUGGCUUGUAUCAGUAGUGACCCAGUACAACUGUAGUGACAUGUUUUGGGGGGAUUUAAAGCUAUCAAUCUAUGUAUUAUUUUUGAAUUCUAUAAAGUCAACAAAAGUAUUACACAUAUUGUAUAGCUCAACAGGCUAUUAAAAUAACUAUUAUUUUUACAAAUAUAAUAUGUGUCCCUAAGUUUUAUCCUAUUGGUGUAACAACCUUGAAAAUCACUCAUUACAAAGAUAUACAAGGACCUUCCAUUCCCUCCAGUUGCAAACCAUUGCACUGGGAAGGUCUAUAUUAAAAACCAUUAUAAGUUAAUCACACCCUUUUAGUGUCUCAUACAUUUGAGGAUUCCAUUGAUCAUUUGGUGUGUCUAAAGAGUGUAAUUUGUGUUACACUUUUUAAAGGUAGGGAAAUUACAAAAUUAUGACACAAAAACAGUUUAGUAAAUUGUUUUUAAAAGGGUUCAUGGCCUUAGAUUCGAGCACCUGUUUCCUCCAUUUAAGAAAAUCCUCAAUUACCAAAAUGUUGUCAUUGGAGUUACCAUCAUUGGUGUAACUACUCCUGCUGGUGAAACGAUGUUAUCAUAAUAGUAAAACAUUAUUAAAAGGCAUUAAGCUACCAUAUUAGUUCAAUUAGAAUGGGAAGAUGUACCCAAUACAUUUUUUAAAUAAAAAAUAAAUAAAUAAAUGAAGUAAUUUUUUUCCAAAAGGCAACGCUCAAAUGACACUGCAUUUCAAGAACAACCCUUAAUGCAGGUAGGCCUAUAGACACAUUAGCUCAAUCAAUUUGUUUCACAAAUAUUUAGGCUGUUGCUUAAACGUUAACACAAUACCUGGAAACGAAUCAUCACAGGUAAGUGCUAUUGAUGAUAUGUAUACAACUUCUGACCUCUACAUUGCUGAACUCUACAAUCCAUAUGGCUAAUCUCUACUUAAUACUUUACUAAUAGUGAUAUUUUGGUUCUUACCUUGAUCUCUGUGGUUGAAGGAUGCCUCACCUUGACCUCUGUGGUUGAAGGAUGCCUCACCUUGGCCUCUGUGGUUGAAGGAUGCCUCACCGUGGCCUCUGUGGUUGAAGGAUGCCUCACCUUGUCCUCUGUGGUUGAAGGAUCCCUCACCGUGGCCUCUGUGGUUGAAGGAUGCCUCACCUUGGCCUCUGUGGUUGAAGGAUGCCUCACCUUGGCCUCUGUGAACACAGACAGCACCAGCAGGAUGAAGACAGCACAGACCAGAGCUUCGUUAAUGUUGAAGAAGGUUGAGUCUUUGAACAGCAAAAGUGUAUCUGUGUUUAUUUCAACUAGAAGAGGAAGGGUCUGAAAGGGGUGUGUGCACCAUGACUGCAUGGGCACAAGUACAGAGAUCUGUUUUACAGUCAUGAGCAGUGUAAAUGAACUUUAAUAAGGCCUACAAGUAAUUGUUUUGAUAUUUGGCACUAGUAAGUCGCUCUGGAUAAGAGCGUCUGCUAAAUGACUUAAAUGUAAAUGUAAAUGUAGUGGGUAUAUUUGUAUUCUUCAUUUUUUCUCUCCAUAUAUGCCAAUAGCCUAUUUAAUGCAUUGUAUUGUUAUGUUUGUAUAGCAUGCAUGGUAUGUGUUCUGAUGUAGGGCUAGGUGUGUGACCACUUUUGAAACAAAAGUAGACAAGUGUUUGGGUACAUCAUUCCAUUUAUAUCAAUGUUUUGUCGAUGGAUGAUCACAAUGUCAUACUUUGAAUAACAAUGUAUCACUUUGGCUGGUUCUUCACGGUGUGAAGGAGGGUGUAUUUAAUUCUGGAACCAGCAACGAGCCAAUGAAAUGUCACGAUCCACGUUACCAAUGGCAACGAACUCCAAACAAUCCUCUAGAUGUAAAAGAAGAGCAAGCACAAUAUUCCAACCUACAGAAUCUAGAGUCAUUCACUUGUAAGUAAUUCAUACAUUCCUAGCAUGACAAAUAAAAGUUUAUUUCGUUUAUUAAGCCUAUUAACUGAACCAAGUGUACACUUUCAGGACAUUUAUUUUGCGUUUUUAGCUGCUAUGUGCUUGCAUGUCAACCAUGUCAAUGUCAACCAGGUGUUUGAAUAUUAAACGACGAGACAGAGGCAUUGAUGCGAGUAACCAGUCUUGUUCAGUACAAGGUGCUCAUAAAUAUAGUUUUUUUGUUAGGGUUAGGGUUUGUUGAAUCACAAAAUUAACUCUACACUAGUCUGCUAGCCAUUUGUGCAUCCUAUCGACCCCAAGUGUUUUAUGAACGUAAGGAGAUGAGCUCACCACUUUCAAUGUUGAGGAAAAACCGACGAGUGCCUCUUCCCGGGCCCAUGAACCAGCAAGGGAGAAGAGUGCCUUUCAAGGAGAAUCCAUUUUCAGAAUACGAAGCUACUCUGCUGAAUGAUGUAUCUGCUUUGAAUCACCCUGCGCCUCAGGCUCAAGCCACUGAUAGUGCCUGUCCUUCCAAAUCAAAAGACAAACAAAGGAAAAGCAACAGUCGUUGUGCACCCCCUAGUGAUUUUGAGCUGAUGUCCUCUAUGAUGCAGAGGCUGACCCUGCUGGAGACCAAGGUGAAGACCCAAGCCCUGGACAUUGACCACAAGGAGAAAAUAAUUACAGCUCUGGAGGAGAAAAUUAAGCUUCUUCAGAAGUCAACAGAGAAAAACAGUGAUAGGAGCAGAGAGGAUGAUCUCAUAAAAACAUGCCACAGGCUUCAGGGCCAGGUAUCGGAGAUGGAGCGGUUUCUGAACGACUACGGUAUGAUCUGGGUGGGGAGCCGAGAGGAGCGUGACACAGCCAGUCAACAGGAAGUAGAGGAAGCUGAGCAGACCCAGAGCUCCGAGAGAGGGGUGUGGCAACCAGAGACCUCUGUGGCCAGGAGGAACUUCCAGAUAAACUUUGACCUGGUGCUCCAGAACAUCCAGCAGUUGAACAUCCUGGCUGGGGAGGGAGAGUCCUACGUCAGGGUCACGUCCAGAGGGGCACAGCUGGCCCAGCAGCACCUCAUUCCACUACGGCUCUACAGCAAUGGCAUCUUCAUGUUCAAUGGGCCCUUCCGCUCUUACCAGGAAGCCAGCACACAGUGCAUGCAAGACCUGAUGGACGGAUACUUCCCUUCUGAGCUACAGGACAGGUUUGCAGAUGGGGUGCCCUUUCAGGUUCACGACAGGCGAGAGGAGGAGUUCCAAGAGAGGCGACCGUGGGCAGAGUUCCCUGGGAAGGGGCAGGCUGUGGUUGGAUGCACAGAGGGAGAGAAAUCAACAGACAGCUUAGAACACGCCUACUGUACCGUCUCCCAGAUACCCGGCAGAAAACUGACAAUGGACCAAUUCCUGAACAGGCUGCCCAAGGUGGUGGUGAAGGCUGGUAGAGUGAUUGACAUCAGGGACUCCGUGAAAGCCAGUCUACAGGGCUCUUCUGAUGCUUCAAACAGCCAUGCUGUGACCCUCAUAGACACACCAGAGCUACAGGCUAUGAAAGAGAGGUUGGAGUUGCAUGAGACUGAUCCCCAUAACUCGGUCCGUGAUGUCACCACACUGAGGGUGAAGUCAGAGGAUGGCGAGCACACCUACAUCAUGAAGAUGCGUUUCUCAGAGACCAUAGGUCAUCUGCGCCAGUAUCUGGACAAGCACAGAUGGACAGAUGCCACAGCGUAUGAUAUCAUCAGUGCGUUCCCACAGCGCUGGUACAGUGAGGACUCUCAGACACUCCUCUCCUGUGGGCUCACUCCCAAUGCUGCUCUGCUGCUUAGGACUAGGCCAGGCCCUCGUCAAUGACAGAGCAACAAAUCGCCCUGUCACUUUCCUCAUGGUUAUAAAAUACUGUAUUUACUUUCAUAAACAUUUAUAUUCAGAUCUGAUAGGGAUGUGACACUAGGGGGUGCCAACACUUACAGAACAAUUCUUUUCAGGAUCAUCAUGACAUGGGAAAAUCCUAAUUUCCAUAGGGACACUUGCAUAAUUAUUGAUGUAGAUAAUUCUCCUUGUACCAUGACCGCUUGAAAAAAUAGAAAAGUAGAGUUAGCGAAAUAACAUUGCUUGAGCAAGAUGCAAAGACUCGCUCUCACACACACAGUAUUUGUACAUGGGCAUGGGUUUGCUUCAAACUCUUAGGGACCAAAACAGCAGAGACGUUUUAGCCUGGCGCACCAAUGAUCUAAGUUGUUGCGGAAAAUUGGCCCACUAUGCAUUUACGUCAUAACGCUGACUCUACCUUUAAAAUGUAAGGAUUUUAAAUCAAAGAAAAUUACAAGAUCAAAGCCAACUUAUUGAAAACAAACUUUAUUUCUAAAAUGUGUAAAUAAAAUUAAGGGUAAAAAAUAUAUUCAAUAUAAACAUUUACAUUUUUGAAAAAUAUUUGACAUAAGGCAAGUUUGUCUAACUUUGUUAAAGCUCAAAUGAGAACUCACAUUAGUCUCAUCUAGACAAUGUUAGACAUCCAAAUGUCCCAACUUAGUGCCAUGAUGUUCGUCAACUGAAGGAAAGCAUUUGACGUGACGUUCCAUCAAUAAAUCAAACCACUGUUUUUUUUUGCUCUUCGAACACUGAAACAAACUAGAUGAAAGUUAUUUAGUCACGUUGCACAUUUUUAUUUUUCAUGGCAAAAUACUGGCAUCCAUUAGUUAAGUUAUCAACUUAGAACCUAUUUCUUGCUAUUAGAUGGAAAUAAAAUAAUACUAUCAACACGGAUGGCAGAGACAUUUUGCUAGUACAGAUAUGGGCACCAAAGUGAACACAGUGUAUCAGGACAAAGUAGGCACAGGGACUCACCUGUUAAAUUACAGUAUGUUGCUCUGUAAGACAGACCCUUACCAACAAACCAGUACCACAAAUAGUGUUAAGGAGUGUGUAAAAUGGCUUCAGUCCUCAUUGCCACGGACCGUUAUCCCCAAAACCUAGCUGUGACGGAGAUAUCUUCUUCUUAGAGGACAACCCACAAAGAAAUGUUUCAGGAAUGUAUUGAGUUGCUCUGUUGGCUUGAAACACUAAAAUAAGUCAAGUUUUGAGAAAGAAAGCCACUAGCCAAUUUUAUUGGUGACGACAGCAAAAGUGCAGGACCUUAACAGUUUUGAUCUACAGAUCGAUCAUCAAAGCAAGCCCACUACCAGAGAGAGAUAUCUGCAAACAUGAUUUAAAAAAAACUGUGCUAUUGUACAGACGGGACAGAUGUCUCUGAACAAUAGCUCAGUUAUACUGCUGACAUAAUGUCUUUUCAGUAUUAGCCCUACCACUGUUAACAGCCACCCACACGCCAGACUUCAAUGCUACAAAUGUACCAUUUUAAAUAAUGGUGGGUUAGUAACAUUCCCUGUUGAAUCACUCAAAAAACACAAUUAAAUAUUUUCAGUUGAUUGUCAACCACAUCCAACAUUAUUUCCCCAGAGGGAAGAUUUAUAUAAUAAGUGUUAUUUAUUGAAAAACAAAUAACACAACCCCAUCUAUGUGUGUCAUAAAAAGUGCAGAGGGCAUCUUUGACAAUAAAGACAAACGUAUCAGUAAAACAUUUAUAAAAACAAAAAAACACACUGGUUUGAGAACAGUUCUUCCACCGUAAGCCCUUUGACUGAAAUGCAUGAUCCCGAUCAAGGAUUCCUUCCCCAAAGGGCCAACAUGAGAUUCCAGUUCAUACACAAUGAAGAGAGUAGAAGAAGCAAGGCCAAUAUGGAAGCCUUACCCCAUUAGGCUGAUGGUUCAGUCUUUUUUAGAGAAGCUAGCAGCUGGGGCUACUGGGUAAUGCAGUUCUCUCCCAUGUCCUGGGCGUAGCGGUCUGAGAAGGUG